AUGUCCCCUGCAUCACGCCAACAAACAGCCUUUUCCACGCCCGGCGGAGGGCAAUUUCAAUUUCGUGUAAUGCCUUUCGGCUUAAAAAAUGCCCCAGGAGCUUUUCAGAACCUGAUGCGUCAAGUUCUAGAAGAGCAAUGGGGUACAUUUGCGAUCGCGUAUCUAGACGACAUAAUCGUUUACUCGCGGGACUGGGACGAGCAUUUACUGCACCUGGCUCUCGUGUUUGAACGACUGUCCAUCUACGGGCUUACUGCUGCUCCCCAAAAAUGCAGUUUCGGCCAGACGACCCUCCCAUACCUCGGACACAUGAUUAGUACCGACGGUAAUUCGGCUCAAACCACGCACAUUCAGGCGAUCUGUAAUGCUAGCCCACCCCGAACGCGAAAAGAAAUGCGAUCUUUUCUCGGUGUCUGCAAUUGGGUAAAGGAAUAUGUACCUAAUUCGUCGGUAAUUCUUGCCCCUUUGUCAGAUCUGCUUUCGACAAAACGUCCAUAUAAAAUGACACCGGAAAAGCUUCAACACUUCGAAGCCGCUAAACUCGCAUUCCAAAAUCCCAGAACUCUCAGUCGCCCGGACCCAUCACAAAGAUUUAUCCUGCAAACCGACGCAAGCGCACGAGGAAUGGGUGCCCUAAUUAUGCAGGAGGAACGAGCAAGAGUGCCUUCCAGUGGUUUGGCCGAUAAAACGUUAUCGACCGUUUCUCGAGGAUCAUUCCCACGCACCGUUGAACACGUGCCCGGAAAGAUAAACGAAUUGCCCGAUGCCCUCUCACGUCAUCCGGAUCCUCAGCAACUUUCUCCUGGCGAACCAGAUAUGGAGCAGAUGCUACCGCCUACUCGUCAAACAGACUCGGCUAUCACUCGCGACGUUAACCGUUGGCGAGAGAUUCGAGACCAUCAACUUCGCAAUGCAGAGGAGGAAUCACUUCUUAGUCGUCAUCGCCUGGACGAGUUCGGUUUUUGGAAACGUGGUGCCAGUGACGGAAAAUGGCGUUUACCGGUAGCACAAGCGUCGCGCCCGCAGGUACUCUGGGAGUACCAUGAUGCUCCCCUUUCGGGACAUCCAGGGGCGGACGUCACCAUACGUGCCAUUCAAACUUUCUUCUUUUGGCCCGGCAUGAACCGCGAAAUUCACCGUUACGUGUCCGGCAGUCAUAUAUGCAUUUGCAGCAAACCCAUGCGUGCUCGCAUACCAGACACUCAAAGUCCUCGAAUUGAUCGUCGUGCUUGGGAGACAGUAGCCGUCAAUUUGAUGGGUCCCUAUCCUCGCACCCGCUAUGGUAAUCAUUUUAUUUUGGUUGUAACUGACCUCUUCACGCGUUGGGUGGAAGCCUUUCCCCUUCGAGCUUCGGACGCACCACGUCUUACAAUAAUCCUCGAAGAAGAUAUCUUCGCGCGUUCGGUUAUCCGAAACACGUUCUGA